AUGCCAAUGUCUGAUGGUAAGCCAUUCAGGGGAUUAGCAUUCUGCUGUACUGGGAUACCCUCUAAGGAGAGAGAAGAAAUCGCGGAAAAGACAGUAAGGUUAGGCGGAAAACAUUACAGUGAUUUAAUGAGUGAUGUUCACUAUCUUUUAGUAGGUAAUAGAGACACGGAUAAGUACACGUAUUGUAUUCGAAAUCGACAUGACAUCAAAUUUCUUCGCCUGGAUGCAAUUCAUGAAAUGUACGACAAGUGGAUACGGGGAGAGGAUGUGGUAAUAAGUAAUUUCAGAUUACCCAUUUUCGAUGACAUGACAAUAUGUCUUUCGAGAUUUGAUACGGAUGGAUUUUCAGAUCUCUUCAAGGCAGAACAUAGAAAAUUCUCUGAUUACGCGACCUUCUUUGACUUGAAUAACCUAGCAAAGUUGAUUACUCAAGAAGGGGGCAAAAUCACGGAGUCUUUAACAACAUCACAUACAUGCAUAGUUACCUCAGAAGAGAAAGGUAAACGAUUUUUAAAAGCUAAUGAAUGGAGAAUACCAGUAGUCCAUCCAAUAUGGAUAUUUGACUCGAUUUUGAGGGGAGCUGGAUUAAGCUUUGAUGACUAUUUCUUGGAUUCAAAAUGUUUCAAUGGCUGUAAUGUUUGGAGCAAAUUGAUUGGAACUAAGGACCAAGACUUUAAGGAAGAUAAAAAUAUAGACAAAUCCCGAAUUAAGUUACGCCACACAACGGAUAUUUGGAACUCCAUUAUGGGUCAGGCCAAAGGUCGCUCGAAUUUUCUAACAAAAGAUUCAGCAUGGGAAGAACUAAUAGAGGAAGAAGAUAAAACUACAUUAAACGAAACACAUGAAGCUACCAAUGAGGUGAAAAAGGGGUUGUUCCUGAAUCAAACUUUUUUAUUAGUUGGAUUUACUGAUGCGCAAGUUUCAUUGAUCUCUAGGGUAGUUGAGAGCAAUAAUGGCGAAGUUACUUCAGAACUUACUCAUCGAAAUAUUUCAUAUAUAGCGAUUCCUGCGGAAAAGGGACUGCAGUCGUCGCAUAUGUUGAGAAUACUCCCACCAUCUAUUAAAGAGAGAGUGACGAAAGGUUCUUUAAAAGUGGUGACAGAAUGGUUCAUUGAAAGAUCAAUCUUUUAUAACAGAAUUGUGUUAGACUCUUGGUGCUUUCCACUAAGUGGUAUUGUUAAAACAGCUCGAAGGUUUAAAGUAUGUAUUAGUGGUUUCACUGGCAUAGAACUAUUACAUGUCGAAAAGUUGGUCAAAUAUAUGGGACUCACCUAUUGUGACACUCUAACAAGCAGUCGAGACCUUUUGGUCGUCAAUAUUAAUGUCUUUAAGCUGUCGCUUGUAAAGAAUUCGCCUAUUUUGUUCGAGUAUAAAUUCAAUGAUAUCAUUAGCUGUCCAGUAUAUAAGUCGGGUGUUUCGUCCGUCUCGACACUAGCUACGAAGAAUAAAGUAAAUGCGGCUAAGCAAUGGAAAAUUCCAGUAGUGUCCAUAGCCUUUUUAUGGGAAGCAUUACAACUUUCUAUUGGAAAGACUGAUUUGCAAAUUCCCCGCGUGAUGGAUUACGCAUGGUGUUUAUACGCACCUGUUGGCCAUAGUAAGGAGUUCUCGCUAGCAGAGUUCGCCGAGCGCCAGCAGACUAUCACAGAACCUUUGACACCAAAGAAGCGACCGCGGGACGAAAAUGUGAAGGUGACAUUACCUUCCCCUAGAAAUGGAAACAAGAAACACAAAUAUGGGCGAUUGUCAGGUAAUCCGUCCCCAAAAUCUCUCACAGCAGAUCUUCAUGAUGCUCAACUGAACAUUGAAGCUGAUGUUACUAAUCCGGAUGAACAAGAACCUCUAACUCAGGUUAAAUAUGGGCAAGUAGAGCCAGAUGGGAAUGAUCUGUUAAUUCAAAAGCUUACAUCUGAACAACAGCAACUGAAUAGCAGGCGUCUAAGGCGUAGGCGUUAA